AUGCGUGCUGUAGGUACCCUCACUGGAGCCAAGAAAAUUAAGAAAGAAAGACAAGACGCGGCUGGUGCAACAGGAAUCGUGCAAGAUGUAGAUGACAAGGAGCAACUGCCAGAGAAAGGGCAUAAGCGUGGGGAUGAGCGUGAUGGAGAGCAUGAGGGCAGGCGUGAGGGAGGGCUUGAGGGCAGGCGUGAAGGCAGGCGUGAGGGCAGGCGGGAGGGAGAGCGUGAGGGAGAGCGUGAGGGAGAGCGUGAGGGAGAGCGUGAUGUGAAGCGUGAGGGAGAGCGAGAGGGAGAGCGUGAUGGAGAGAGUGAUGUGAAGCGUGAGGGAGAGCAUGAUGUGAAGCGUGUGGGGGAGCGUGGGGUGAAGCGUGAUGGAGAGCGUGAUAUGAAGCAUGAUGCGUCUUCUCCCUCUACUCCAGCAGGUGUUCGUGCGGCUGAUGCACACAAUGUUCGAGGGCAUGAAGAGGGUGGGAGGGAGAGCCGUGGCGCUGAGCUAGAAGAUCGGAGGGGGGUGUCAGGGAGGGUGAAGGCACGGUCCAGAAAGGCUGGAAAGAAGGCCGCUGCUGAGGUCGAAUCUUCUGAUGGAGAAGAUAGUUCUGAGGAGGAAUCAGGGAGUUCAUCCGGGAGCGAGGAGAAGUAUGAUGAGGAAGAGGACGAGAGUGAUGACGCUGAAACUGGGUCCGGGAGUGAUGACGACGAUAGGAGAGGGGGGAGGGCGCGAGGAGCGCGCAACCACCGCUAUAGCGGAAAGCGUGGUCAUGCAACCGGUGGUAAGGCUGGUAGUGGACGUAAACGGCAGAGACAUAGAGAGUGUGCUCAAGGAAAGCGAGCAGAUACUGAGGGUUAUGCCCGGCGGCGUCGUAAGGAGCGUCCUGUUGUGAGACAGGACCUUGGCUUCUACAAUGAGAUGAGGACCAUGGUGAACUCGGAUGAUGCUGGUCCGUCGAAUCGUCGGGAGAACGUUCGGAUGAAACGGGCACCAACCAACGAUCCGUAUGCUGCCCUUGCUUCCACCUCAGGAUUGGGAAAGAGAGCAUCUAGAUUUCAAGAUUGGAGUGUGCGUGACAACGCUGGCCAGCAGCAUGACAACACGCACAAUCCAGCCGGUGGCAGUGACGAUCCGGCCUGUGGUGGGGGGCUGGGGGCGGAAGAUGGUGAGGCGGGUGGUGUUGGAGAUUGGUUCAAUGAUGGCAGGAAAGUUGGACUCUCUGCCCCAGCAACUCCACCCCCGUUCGCAUCGGCAAGAGGCAAUUCCCCGCUCGACGCUAGCGGAGUGCCUAUCAUUCCCUCGAGCAAUUCUCCUAAUGAAUCCAUGCAGCAACUCUUCCAGGCAUUGCAGGAAGCUAAUCGGCAGAUUGCCGAGCUAAAGGCCGGUCGUGGACCUUCGGUGGACCGGGGGGGAAAUGGGACGCAAAUCCCGCCACUUACCUCGAUAUCCGGUGAACAACCUGAGCCGCCUGAAACGCCGGACGCUGUGGCGGAGAGCGCUGUACAAGGCACUCCCAUCACCAGGAGGCAUGGGAUGCCAAACGCGACUAAUUUGAAGGAGGCCAUGGCGGAUAAAACACGGAGGGAUGCAUUCAAGCGCGUGUAUACGCACUGGAAGAACGAGCGCGGGUUUUACGUCAAACGGACUGUGCUCGAGGGGUUGGGUGUUCCUAUGAGUGGCUUGCGGGCAGCGGAAAUCCACAUCGACACUGAGCUCAAGGAGGAUCUCUGGGGGGAGUAUGGCCCGAGUGAGUAA